GCUCCCCGCCCCGUGCGAAGCCAGAGCGAGCGCCGGCUUGGAGAGAGCUCUAGUAGGCUGCUGCGCCGAGUGAGUGGCCGGACGGAGGGGAUGGGCAGCUCGUGCUAAGGACUCGAUCCGGACCGCCUUCGCCGCUCGCCAUGUAGCGCUGGCCGCGGGCGCUCUCCUCUCGCCUGGUCUGGUGGAACUGUUCCCGAGCAGCCCGGCGGGGACCAUGCGGAGAGCCCCGGCGCCUGGGCUGCUGGUGCUCCCGCCGCCCUCGCCGCUCCUGCUGCUGUUGGGGCUGCUGGCGCUGGACAGGGGCUGCACGGCGCAGUACUCGAGCGAUCUGUGCAGCUGGAAGGGGAGUGGACUAACACACGAGUCUCACAAAAAAGAUGUUGAACAGGUCUACCUCCGCUGUGCCGAAGGAUCCAUAGACUGGAUGUAUCCCACAGGAGCGCUGAUAGUGAACCUGCGACCCAGUAUUGUAUCUUCCUCUUCCAAGCAUUGGACUGUCUGCAUAAAGCCCUUCAAGGACUCCGCAGGAGCAAAUAUUUAUUUGGAAAAAACUGGAGAACUGAAACUGCUGGUCCAAGAUGGGGAUCACAGCCCCGCCCGAGUGCAUUGCUUCAGCUUUGAGCAAGGCGGACUCUUUGUCGAGGCCACCCCUCAGCAGGACAUUAGCAGGAAGAUCACAGGCUUCCAGUAUGAACUGAUAAACAAGGGGACGGCAUCCGAUUUGCACAUGGUUUCUGCUCCCUGCCGACCUUGCAGUGACACGGAAGUCCUCUUGGCUGUCUGCACUAGUGACUUCGUUGUCAGAGGUACCAUCCAAAAUGUAAUCAAUGAGGAGGAACAGCAAGAUUCCAUCAUUGACGUGAGUGUGAACAGAAUCUACAGGCAGAAGACCAAGAUCUUCAAGCCCGCAGAGGAGAGUGGGAGGUGGCGAGGACAGAUCAAGACCCUGCUGCAAUGUGGGGUGAAACCAGGAGAAGGAGACUUCCUCUUCAUGGGCCACAUGCACUUUGGGGAGGCCAGGUUAGGCUGUGCCCCUCGCAUCAAAGACUUCCAAAGGAUGUACAAAGAGGCCAAGGACAAAGGGCUGAAUCCAUGUGAAAUUGGCCCAGACUGAAAAUGGCAUUCCUGAACCCUUGGGGCUCGGCCAAAACUAAUUCUUAGUUGCUGCAGAUGCGCUGAUCUAAAUGGAACUAAUAACUUGGAGUGGAACAAUCUGAUGUCAGGAGUGACGUUCUCCUUUUUGGAGGUCCUUAAGAGGUGAUUGGAGGAGCAUCUAUCGGGGAGGGUCCAAGUCUAGUGACUCCUGCUGAAGCAGGAGGCUGGAGUCCAGGACCCUUGAGGUACCAUAUAACUGUUAUGAUCUUACGAAAUACAAGAACCACAGAAGCCAAUCCUUGAGGCCAAUGGCACUGUUACACGAAUGGAGGUACGAACCAAACGAUCCAAGGCUGGACUGCAAUCCCACAUCUUGUCCACGUGAACUAAAUUAUUUUUUUUUGUAACUUCCUUAGGAAAAUGACGAAAGAGGAAAUGUGUCACAAUCUCCAUGUCUUAAAAAUACUAGUCGACUGAUGACCCUUUGUAUCUUUGUAAUACUAAUGUUUUAAAAUGUGUUAAGCAGAUGUAGCAUUGUUGCAUGGCAUAAGAGGAUGACAGCAUGGUAGAAGCCGGUGAAACCAUCUUAACGUGGAUGCUUUGUAAAAAGCUUGGUGUACAAUAAUUGAAAUUGUUUCUUAUGACAGAAAUUUAUGAAACCAAACACUUUCUUUCCUUUUUUAAAAAAAAUUAAAAGAAUGUACAAUUGCCACCUGCAAUUUUUGCUCAGGCUGGUGAGUUGUUUCCAGAGAAAUAAAAAGUUCCUGGAUUUGA